AUGAGCAAUGAGGCUAGCGGUAAAGAAACGGUGUCUACACCUCUGUAUUCGCCCAAGUUGCCUGUGGAAAAAGUACAGAGAAUAGCCAAGAAUGAUCCAGAAUACAUGGACACUUCGGAUGACGCAUUCGUAGCCACAGCAUUUGCUACUGAGUUCUUCAUCCAGGUGCUGACCCACGAGUCCCUACAAAAACAACAGCAACAACAACAGCACGUACCGCCUCCCUCGGAUGAACUCACGCUAUCAUACGAUGACAUCUCUGCCACAAUUGUGCAAUCUUCCGACGGUCAUUUGCAGUUUUUGAAUGAUGUGAUACCAACGACAAGGAACUUAAGGCUUUUAGUUGAAGAAAACAGAGUUAGGUACACUACGAGUGUAAUGCCCCCUAAUGAGGUUUACUCCGCCUAUGUUAUGAACGACAUGGCUCCGAAGCCCAACAUUGUCGAGAUUGAUCUUGAUAAUGACGAAGACGAUGACGAAGACGUUACCGAUCAAGAGUAA